AAUGCCGUCAAAUGUGAAAAUUCCAGAUUCAAGACAAAAACACAGACACUCGGUCAGCUAAGCAGUUAGUCAGGCAGUAUAUCGCUCUCAAGUAUUUAGUUAACCGAAAAAAAUAAUGAAAACGCAGGGAAAGUACGGUGUUACCGCUCAAUCAACUGCCACAAUUCUCUGCGAGGAUGUACGUAAUUUUAGCACUCGUCGCCGUAAUAUGCUAUAUUUGAUGCAUCGUUAUCUUUUGGAGAAUGGCUAUUACAGCAGUGCCGAGGCACUUAAGAAUGAGGGACGUCUUUCUGAUGACUUUGAACUAUGCGAUAAUGUUGAUUUGGAUGCGAUCUAUUUGGAAUAUGCCAGUUUCUUCAAUAUGAAAUUUGGAAAAUAUCCGCGUAUUUUAAAAAAAAUGUCGGCUAAAAUUAAAGUGGAAAGGACUACCGGUGCAGCAACAGCAGCCACACUAACAGCAACCGUUGCCUCAACAACAGCCAAGGAUACUAGCAAUAAAACAAACAAAGAUUCGUCCUCACUAGCCAAUUGGCAUGUGGGAGUUGGGGCAGCUGCCAGUCAAAUUAACAACUCAAUGGAACAUCAGCAAUCGAAUCAAUUAAAAUUGCAUAUCAAGAAACUGGAAACAACCACAACAACAACUGAGCAGCAGCAGCCAAGUCAUUACUCCGGGAUGAGUGAAAUCGAACAUGGAGCCCAUGCUACAGAUGAUGCUCUAUUUUGCUCAAUGGACUGGCAGGUCCUUGGCGAAUUGGUCAAAACGACAAUUUUGCGUGAGCCCAUCAAUCUGCGUUGGUCCGAUAUCUGUGGCAAUCAUCGGGCUAUCGAGUUGAUUAAAGAAGCCGUGCUCACGCCCAUCGAUUAUCCUCAACUGUUUGCCCAUGGCUUGCGGCCGUGGCGUUCGCUCCUGCUGCACGGUCCACCUGGCAGUGGUAAAACCUUGUUGGCCAAAGUCCUGUACGCAGAAACGCAAUCGAGAGUCACAUUCUUCAACAUAACUGCCAGCGUUAUGGUUAGCAAGUGGCGUGGCGAGUCUGAGAAAAUUCUUCGUGUUUUAUUUCAUAUGGCAGCACGUAGAACUCCCGCGGUAAUUUUUUUUGAUGAAAUCGAGGGUUUGACCUCAAAGCGAGAUCGCGCCACGGAUCAUGAGUCGUCGAAGCGUUUUAAGAACGAACUACUCCAACUACUGGAUGGUAUGGAGCAUAACACUUUGGGUCAUGGUGUAUUUGUUUUGGCCAGCACCAAUUUACCCUGGGACAUUGAUGAGGCAUUUUUGCGACGCUUUGAGAAGAAAAUUCUUAUUCAAUUGCCCAAUGCUUUAGAGCGCUCGAAUCUUAUUCAACGUCUGUUGGGCGCAAGCAAUGUCAGCUUGAAUCAGCACUUGCUGGACCAAUUAGUAGCUCUUUCCGAUCAGUACACGGGUGAUGAAAUAAGAUUGGCCUGCAAGGAAAUAAGCAUGCAGCGAGUGCGUUGUGCCACACGCCCUUCUCCAGCUGGAGGAGCUGUACCCAAGGAAACACAAGCCAUUGUCGAGGCCAAUUUGGAGCGGGCAUUUAAACAGGUUCAUCCUUUGGGUCAAAAGUUAUUGGCCAAGCAUGAGCAAUGGCAGCAGGAAAAUGGUUCUUAAUCAAUAUUAUAGUAUUUAUAAUGAAUAAAAAAAAAGCAAAAAAUACGUCGGGGUCAUAUUGUAUAAUAUAUUACUUAAUAAAGAUCUUUAAAAAGACUGAUAA